UGCCCGCUUUUACGUCUGCGAUAGUGCGUGACGCCACUGGCUGAACCAAGGCAAACUUGGAGAACUUGUCUUCUUCUUCUUCUUUACUGGCGUAGACACCGCUUACGCGAUUAUAGCCGAGUCAACAACAGCGCGCCAAUCGUUUCUUCUCUUCGCUACGUGGCGCCAAUUGGAUAUUCCAAGCGAGGCCAGGUCCUUCUCCACUUGGUCCUUCCAACGGAGUGGAGGUCUUCCUCUUCCUCUGCUUCUCGCGGCGGGUACUGCGUCGAAUACUUUCAGAGCUGGAGUGUUUUCGUCCAUCCGGACAACAUGACCUAGCCAGCGUAGCCGCUGUCUUUUAAUUCGCUGAACUAUGUCAAUGUCGUCGUAUAUCUCGUACAGCUCAUCGUUCCAUCGAAUGCGAUAUUCGCCGUGGCCAACGCGCAAAGGACCAUAAAUCUUUCGCAGAACUUUUCUCUCGAAAACUCCCAACGUCGACUCAUCCGUUGUUGACAUCGUCCAGGCCUCUGCACCAUAUAGCAGAACGGGAAUUAUGAGUGACUUAUAGAGUUUGGUUUUUGUUUGUCGGGAGAGGACUUUGCUUCUCAAUUGCCUACUUAGUCCGAAGUAGCACCUGUUGGCAAGAGUUAUCCUGCGUUGGAUUUCUAGGCUGACAUUGUUGGUGGUGUUUACGCUGGUUUCAAGAUAGACGAAAUUAUCUACAACUUCAAAGUUAUGACUGUCAACAGUGACGUGAGUGCCAAGUCGCGAGUGCGACGACUGUUUGUUUGAUGACAGGAGAUAUUUCGUCUUGCCCUCGUUCACCGCCAGACCCAUUUCUUUUGCUUCCUUGUCCAGUCUGGAGAAAGCAGUACUAGGGUGGGUCGAUUCCGGAAUUUUUUCGAUUCGGUAUUUCUAAUAGUGCGGAAAAGUUGCCUUAGUACUUCCUGAUUCCAAUGCAACUUUUUGUUUUGAGAUCGGAUUGCAUCUUCAACCCGAACCUCGGCCUGGAAAUUUCGGAAAUUCGCCUAAAAUCGUGAAAUUGUCUACCUAGCACCUGAAAUACGCAUCUCAUGGCAAAAUGUAUAAAACAAAAGUUAUUUGUCACGUCAUUUGCUACCGAAAUGGUAUAAGUGAUCAUGGCCGUAGGACGAACCGUUCCCGAGAUACGAGCGAAAAGGCGGCGCGUCACAGCGCAAGGUGAAAAUCGGCUUGCGGCCACACUUCUUGACGUUGAUUUCGCCGAGUGCUAUCACUCACAUUCAUUCACCUACGCCAAAGGACACGUUCGGAUAGGUCUCCACACAAAUAUUUUUUCAUCGAGUUCCUUCACUCUUGUCGGUGAUUUCGCCGAGUUCUAUCACUUACAUUCAUUUCCCUGCGCCAUACGACACGUUCGGACUGGUCUCCACAUAAAUAUUUUUUCAUCGAGUUCCUUCACUCUUGUCGUUGAUUUCGCCAGGUGCUAUCACUUAUAUUCUCUCAACAAAACACAGAACUCAAAAUGUCUGUAUCUAAAUUUAAAUUUAGACAGAAAUGUCCUGACAACUAUGAACCUAGGAGUAAAGAGGUUACAGAAAUAGUUGCAAAAAAGGUUGAAAAUACUUUCAAAAAGUCGUCUAUUCCGAUAGUUUCACACACCAGAGUUGAACAAAUGCUCACCACAUACCAUAAGAAAUUUCUGACUCUUAAAAAAAUGUUUUUAAGGAACCCAAUAGGUUUGAGCUCUAAAAGAGACGACUUUGUCUCUUCUGCCCGAAAAUUAUUUGACAUCGCUGCUUGUAAAUGCAUUUAUUUUUCUUCUUGCACUUGUCCAAAGGAAAGGAAAGUUCCUAUCAAUGAACAACCAUUUCUCUUGGACCAGAGAACCACAAGAAUUGGUCGCAUUGGAAGUGUUGAUCUACCUGAAACAAAAAAGAUUACAAAGAAAAAUGAACGUAAAGAAAAGCUUUCAAAACGUCAUUCAACAUCAACACUUACCAGAAAAAUAUCAGCGAGAACACGUGAUCAUUGAGAUCAGCCAGACUCUCAUACAGACGACAACAAUGUAGGCGCGUCGCACAUUGAUUCUUCGAAAAACGAUGGUGAUGAUGAAUUUUCUCUUCCAUUCUCUAAAACCAAACAAAACACACUAGUAUUACAACACACUGCUUUAGCUGCCCAAAGAUUUGGAGUAAGUGAUAGAGCAGCGGCCUUGAUUGUUUCAUCGGCUUUUCUGGAUGCCAAAAAAGCAGGUUUGAUAACAGAGGAUCAGGCUAGCUUUGUCACUGACAAAUGCAAGAUUAGUCGGGCAAAAAAAAGUGUUGGUGUUAAGCUCCAGAACACCGAAAGUAUUGACUCCGUAUAUGGGCUGUAUUUUGACGGCCGCAAAGACAAUACACUUACACAAGUCAGCGAAGGUGAAAAGUACUACCGCGACACUGUCAAAGAGGAACAUAUUUCUCUUAUAGCGGAACCUGGUUGUCAUUACUUUGGCCACGUCACUUCUCCUUCCGGGUCAGCUGAGGAUGAGACGCAAGCUUGAUGUGGAACAUCUAGAAGUUGUCGGUGCUGAUGGCACCAACACGAACACAGGUUGGAAAGGUGGAAUCAUUCGGAAACUAGAAGAAAGAAUAGGUAGGCCAUUACAGUGGGUUGUUUGUCUUCUACAUUUCAACGAACUUCCAUUCCGUGCUCUUUUCGAACACAUAGAUGGUGUCUCAAAGAGUCCAAAUACAUUCUCUGGCGACAUAGGUAAACUGCUCCCUUAUUGUGAGAAGUUGCCUGUUGUCAAAUUUGAAAGUUUUCCAUCCUGCCAAUUACCUUCUAAGGUUAUUAAUCCGACCCAACUUAGCACAGACCAAGCUUAUCUCUAUAAAAUAUCAGAAGCUGUUAUUUCCGGUCAAUGUUCCUCAGAUUUAGCGUCGAUGCAUCCAGGUAACAUGUGCAAAUCUCGCUGGCUCACCUGUGCAAAUAGAAUUCUGAGAUUAUACAUUUCUACUGACAAACCAACAAAGGAAAUAAAAAUUUUGGUCAAGUUCAUACUUACAGUUUACUCACCUUUGUGGUUCUCAAUAAGAUUCAACAGUUCAAUCAAAGAUGGCUCGCGCCAUCUCUAUGCUGCAAUUCAAAGGUCGAGAUACUUACCCGCUAAACUGCGCAAGGUUGUCGAUUCAUCUAUUCAACAGAAUGCUUUCUUUGCUCUUCCAGAAAACAUUCUCCUUAGUAUGAUGACUGACGAACGGAUAGAAGUCAGAAAGUUGGCCCUUGACCGUCUUCUGGCAGCCAGAGAAGCAGAGUCUGACACCAUAAAUGAAAGAGUUAGAUGUAAUAAAGUGCCAAAGCUGAAUUUCAAAGCUAAUACUUAUUACGAUAUGAUUAACUGGAAGACUAUUACCUUGACUGUUCCACCAGUUCUUUGUUCAGUUUCUAACGAAGAACUCAUAAAAGGGCUGUCGGGAGACACUGCAGAAGUAUGGAAAUUUAGUGAAUUCCCCUCUCACACCGUGGCAGUCGAGAGAAUCGUCAAACAGGUGACAGAGGCAUCUUCUAAAGUUAUUGGCCCCCAAUCUCGUGAUCUUUUUAUACGCUCUACACUGAAAUCUAGGCAACAAGUGCCAAAGUUUAGUACAAAAUCUGAUUUUAUCAAUAAAUUUGACACAGAUUCAGACAAAAACAAGCCUGACAUAUGGUUGGUUGGUUGGGUUGGGCUUGGGAGGAACCCGAAGAGCAGCUACCUCCACGCGGUGGGUUCUGGGUGACCAAUACAGGUUAGCUGAGAGCUGCAACAAUUUUGACCUUGCGCUGUGGCGCGCCGCCUUUUCGCUCGUAUCUCGGGAACGGUUCGUCCUACGGCCAUGAUCAUAUAUACCAUUUCGGUAGCAAAUGACGUGACAAAUAACUUUUGUUUUAUACAUUUUGCCAUGAGAUGCGUAUUUCAGGUGCUAGGUAGACAAUUUCACGAUUUUAGGCGAAUUUCCGAAAUUUCCAGGCCGAGGUUCGGGUUGAAGAUGCAAUCCGAUCUCAAAACAAAAAGUUACAUUGGAAUCAGGAAGUACUAAGGCAACUUUUCCGCACUAUUAGAAAUACCGAAUCGAAAAAAUUCCGGAAUCGACCCACCCUAAGCAGUACUAACGGCGCGGGUUGUUGAGGCCGAUGAUAUUAAUAUCAUCCGCAUACGCCAGCAGUUGUACACUCUUAUAGAAGAUGGUACCUUCUCUGUUGAGUUCUGCAGCUCGAACUAUUUUCUCCAGAAGCAGGUUGAAAAAGUCGCACGAUAGGGAAUCGCCUUGUCUGAAACCUCGUUUGGUAUCGAACGGCUCGGAGAGGUCCUUCCGGAUCCUGACGGAGCUUUUCGUGUUGCUCAACGUCAGUUUACACAGCCGUAUUAGUUUUGCGGGGAUACCAAAUUCAGACAUCGCGGCAUAAAGACAGCUCCUUUUCGUGCUGUCGAAAGCAGCUUUGAAAUCGACGAAUAGGUGGUGAGUGUCGAUUCUCCUUUCAGGGGUCUUUUCCAAGAUUUGGCGCAUGGUGAAUAUCUGGUCGGUUGUUGAUUUACCAGGUCUGAAGCCACACUGAUAAGGUCCAAUCAGUUUGUUGACGGUGGGCUUUAAUCUUUCACACAAUACGCUCGAUAGAACCUUAUAUGCAAUGUUGAGGAGGCUAAUCCCACGGUAGUUGGCGCAGAUUGUAGGGUCUCGUUUUUUAUGGAUUGGGCAUAGCACACUUAGAUUCCAAUCGUUGGGCAUGCUUUCGUCCGACCAUAUUUUACAAAGAAGCUGAUGCAUGCUCCUUAUCAGCUCUUCGCCGCCGUGUUUGAAUAGCUCGGCCGGCAAUCCGUCGGCCCCUGCCGCUUUGUUGUUCUUCAGGCGGCCAAUUGCUAUUCGAACUUCUUCAUGGCCGGGUAAUGGAACGUCUGCUCCAUCGUCAUCGAUUGGGGAAUCGGGUUCGCCUUCUCCUGGUGUUAUGCGUUCACUGCCAUUCAGCAGGCUGGAGAAGUGUUCCCUCCAUAAUCUAAGUAUGCUCUGGGCAUCGGUAACUAGAUCACCUUUGGGGGUUCUACAAGAGUAUGCUCCGGUCUUGAAACCUUCUGUAAGCCGCCGCAUUUUUUCGUAGAAUUUUCGAGCAUUACCCCUGUCCGCCAGCUUAUCGAGCUGUUCGUACUCACGCAUUUCGGCCUCUUUCUUCUUCUGUCUGCAAAUGCGUCUCGCUUCCCUCUUCAACUCUCGGUAUCUAUCCCAUCCCGCACGUGUUGUGGUCGAUCGUAACGUUGCGAGGUAGGCAGCCUGUUUUCUCUCCGCUGCGACACGGCACUCCUCGUCGUACCAGCUGUUCUUUUGCACUUUCCGAAAACCAAUGGUUUCGGUUGCAGCUGUACGUAAGGAGUUUGAAAUGCCGUCCCACAGUUCCCUUAUACCGAGUUGUUGACGAGUGCUCUCAGAGAGCAGGAGUGCAAGCCGAGUAGAAAAUCUUUCGGCUGUCUGUUGUGAUUGCAGCUUCUCGACGUCGAACCUUCCUUGUGUUUGUUGGCGUGCGUUUUUUGCUGCACAGAGGCGGGUGCGAAUUUUGGUUGCAACAAUAUAGUGGUCUGAGUCGAUGUUAGGACCUCGGAGCGCACGCACAUCUAAAACACUGGAGACGUGUCUUCCGUCUAUCACAACAUGAUCGAUCUGGUUGGAGGUUUUUCGAGCCGGAGACAACCAGGUAGCUUGAUGUAUCUUCUUAUGCUGGAAUCUAGUACUACAGAUAACCAUAUUUCGGGCCCCGGCGAAGUCGAUCAGCCUCAACCCAUUUGGGGAUGUUUCCUCGUGGAGGCUGAAUUUACCGACCGUAGUGCCAAAGAUACCUUCUUUGCCCACCCUGGCGUUGAAGUCGCCAAGCACGAUUUUGACAUCGUGGCGGGGGCAUCUCUCAUAAGUGCGCUCCAAGCACUCAUAAGAAGCAUCUUUGGUCACAUCGUCCUUCUCUUCCGUCGGGGCGUGGGCGCAAAUCAGCGAUAUGUUGGAAGAACCUCGCUUUGAUGCGGAUUGUGGCUAGACGUUCAUUCACCGCAGUGAAUGAUAGUACUCGGCGACGGAGUCUCUCUCCCACCACGAAUCCCACACCAAACCUGCGCUCCUUUAUAUGGCCACUUUAGUAAAUGUCACAAGGACCUACUCGUCUCUGUCCUUGUCUCGUCCAUCGCAUUUCUUGGACGGCGGUGAUGUCAGCCUUUAUCUUUACGAGGACAUCUACCAGCUGGGCAGCGGCACCUUCCCAAUUAAGGACCGGACAUUCCAGGUGCAUGCCCUCAAAUCAUAGUCCUUGUUUCGUUUGCCGUGGUCGUCAUCAAAAGGGGGGUCUCCCGUCCGAGGCUGUUUUUUUCUUUUCAUUGGGGGUGUUUUUUACGUGGCGGGUCCCAAACCCAGCGCACAACCCUAUGCAGGGGAUGUUUCGCCUUCUCACUUUAGCUCGCCUUCAAACGGAUGUUCUUAGGCUACCCAGAGGAUACUUGUCGUGAGCUGCUUGAGUCAUAAGUAAAGGAAUCGUUUCUGGCCACUCCCAAGUGAAUGGCGAUCAGAGAACUUUCCUCACUUGCGUGAACUUCUACACAUGACUCCAUCCUCCUUUGAUAAUUUUAGUUUGUAAAAAUCAAUCUCAUAUUUUUCAAUUUCUUCCCUAGUUAACAUACUUGGAUGUACCAUAUUGUAUUUAGCCGCCGCUAUAUUAUUUUGUAUUUCUUGAGCGUGACUUUCUAUGAAUUUUAGUUUAUUCAUUUCAUCAUUAUACAAAAUUUUUCUUUCAAUUCUAUAUUCCUCUUUGUUUAUUAUAUUUAAAGUUUCUAUUAUUUGUUUCCUAUCUGAUUCUAUUUAAAUGUUCAUUAAUUACUAUUUGUUUAUUUAAAUUUACAAUGGCAUUAUGGCCAUUUUCUUCAAUAAUUUUUAAAUGGUUCUAAAUGUCUUGGCUGUCAUCAUCAUCCAUGGCUCCAAACAUCCAUUUAUAUGCUAUUCCUCCUAUAUUUAUCAAGCCUCUUUUAUUUCGCUUUUUGAUAUUCGGUGUUAUAGAUGUGAUUUUUGCUUUUAUAUUUUUUAUUUCAUAAAAAAAUUCUUUAACCUGAUGAACUAUGUCUGCUAUCUUGUUCGGAUUUAUUGUAUGUAUAACUGUACUGAAGAGGGAAGCGAGACGCAUUUGUAGACAGAAAAUGAAAGAGGUCGAAAUGCGUGAGUACGAACAGCUUGAUAAGCUGGCCGACAGGGGUAAUGCUCGAAAAUUCUACGAAAAAAUGGGGCGGCUUACAGAAGGUUUCAAGACCGGAGCAUACUCCUGUAGAAUCCCCAAAGGUGAUCUAGCCACCGAUGCCCAGAGCAUACUUUGAUUAUGGAGGGAACACUUCUCCAGCCUGCUGAAUGGCAGUGAACACAUAACACCAGGAGAAGGCGAACCCGAUUCCCCAAGACGUUCCCCGGCCAUGAAGAAGUUCGAAUAGCAGUUGCUCGCCUGAAGAACAACAAAGCGGCAGGGACCGACGGAUUGCCGGCCGAGCUAUUCAAACACGGCGGCGAAGAACGUAUAAGGAGUAUGCAUCAGCUUUGCAAUAUAUGGUCAGAUGAAAGCAUGCCCAACGAUUGGAAUUUAAGUGUGCUAUGCCCAAUCCAUAAAAAAGGAGACCCCACAAUCUGCGCCAACUACCGUGGGAUAAGCCUCCUCAACAUCGCGUACAAGGUUAUAUCGAGCGUAUUGUGUGAAAGAUUAAAGCCCACCGUCAACAAACUGUUUGGACCUUAUCAGUGUGGCUUCAGACCUGGUAAAUCAACAACGGACCAGAUAUUCACCAUGCGCCAAAUCUUGGAAAAGACCCGUAAAAGGAGAAUCGACACUAACCACCUAUUCGUAGAUUUCAAAGCUGCUUUCGACAGCACGAAAAGGAGCUGCCUUUAUGCCGCGAUGUCUGAAUUUGGUAUCCCCACAAAACUAACACGGCUGUGUAUACUGACGUUGAGCAACACGAAAAGCUCCGUCAGAAUCGGGAGGGACCUCUGCGAGCCGUUCGAUUCCAAACGAGGUUUCAGACAAGGCGACUCCCUAUCGUGCGACUUUUUCAAUCUGCUGCUGGAGAAAAUUAUUAGAGCUGCAGAACUGAAUCGAGCAGGUACAAUCUUUCAAAAGAGUGUACAGCUGCUGGCGUAUGCCGAUGAUAUUGAUAUCAUCGGUCUCAACACCCGCGCCGUUAGUUCUGCUUUCUCCAGACUGAACAAGUCAUAACUUUGACGUUGUAUCGUUGUUCGUCUAUCUUGGAACCAACGUAAACACCACCAACAAUGUCAGCCUGGAAAUCCAACGCAGGAUUACUCUUGCCAACAGGUGCUAAUUCGGACUGAGUAGGCAAUUGAAAAACCAAACUCUAUAAGUCGCUCAUAAUUCCCGUCCUGCUAUAUGGUGCAGAGGCUUGGACGAUGACAACAACCGAUGAGUCGACGUUGAGAGUUUUCGAGAGAAAAGUUCUGCGAAAGAUUUAUGGUCCUUUGCGCGUUGGCCACGGCGAAUAUCGCAUUCGAUGGAACGAUGAGCUGUACGAGAUAUACGACGACAUUGACAUAGUUCAGCGAAUUAAAAGACAGUGGCUACGCUGGCUAGGUCAUGUUGUCCAAAUGGACGAAAACACUCCAGCUCUGAAAGUAUUCGACGCAGUACCCGCCGCGGGAAGCAGAGGAAGAGGAAGACCUCCACUCCGGUGGAAGGACCAAGUGGAGAAGGACCUGGCCUCGCUUGGAAUAUCCAAUUGGCGCCACGUAGCGAAAAGAAGAAACGACUGGCGCGCUGUUGUUGACUCGGCUAUAAUCGCGUAAGCGGUGUCUACGCCAGUAAAGAAGAAGAAAAGAAGAUAACUGUACUUAUUUCGUUAACUAUUUCUAUGUCCGCUGUGUGUAUAAUUGUAUACCCCGCUUCUUCUAUUAUUGGUGUAAUUUGCAAAAGUGCUGUCACCAAUGAUAUGAUUAUUGUUAAAAAAAUAAUUAUUUCGUCAUCUGUAAAAGUAAAAAUGUAUAACCGUUUUAGGUUUUGAUUUAAAAAAAAUAAAUUGGAUUUUAGUCGCCUCUUACGACAGGCAUCUCUUACCAUGGGUAUAUUCUAGAAAGACCACUUACCCACUGGGGUAAAAAAAAUCAUGUAAAUACAUACAUAUGUAUAUUUAGAAAAAAAAAUUAAAUGUUAUUAUUUCCAUUAAAUGCCCUUAGACUGAAUCAAUCGACAUCAUUCUCAUUUGGAUUUUCUAUGUUUGCCAAUUCCAUCGGUCUUUUUAUAUUUCCCGGAUGCCCGUAUGGACGUUUUGUAAGGGAAAUAUUCUGAAAUAUGGUUGAUCUUUAUGCCGUACUUUUUUGUAGUUUUUAAUUGGUCCUGUUUGUCUGUUAUCUAUAUAUUCUUAUCUGUUUUGAUUGAAUUUGGCUAUUGUUUUCUGUUUUACUGUAUUUAUUCCAUCUUGUAAUAUGGAUGGACAAAUGUUUUCUUUGGCGUCCCUUGGAGAACAUUUGAUAGUUGAGUGGUACCUAUCGUUAUAGUUGCAUAUAACAAUUGGUAUCCUCAUUUCUGUUGAAAGACUAGAGUCCUCAAUUCCUGUUAGUUUUUCCAACAAGGUUGAGUGCAGUCUCUCAAUGUCUGCAUUUCCUGUAUGGUAUAGUGAUAUUUGCUUAUGUAAUAUUUCUUCUCCUUCUAUUUCUGAUGCUCUUUUUGUGCAUUUUAUAAAUUUUAAACUUCUAUCUUGAGCAAACAUUUCAAUAAGUAGUUUUUGUAUUUUAUGGUAAUCUGCUUCAGAUACUUCUGAAAAUAUUCCUACUAUUCCGUUUCCUUUUAUAUAUUUUUUUAAUGUUUCCUUGUUCUCUUCUUUUUCAUCCAUUGGGUUUAUUUCAAUUAUUUUUCUUCCAUGGAGUCUUUGCAUUUGCUCUUUUUGUCUAUAUGUUAAUAUAAUUUGAAUUUUAUAUUUAUUUACAAUUUCUUCUUUAAUUGGAAAGUGUUCAAGCAGUUCUUCAUCUGCUGAAUGAAUUGUUUCCGACAAUUCUAAGUUUGAUUCAUUGUCGUUACCUUCUUUAAUUUUUGGUGAGUUUUCAAUUCGACUCAAGAAAUCAGCUACAACAUUAUUUUUUCCAUUUAAAUAUUCUAUUUCAAAGUUGUAUUCUUGCAAUUUCAAUAACCAUCUCUGAUGGCGUUGGGAAAAUUCCUUUCCUUUAUAUUUAUUAACAAGAUAUUUGAUCGGAAAGUGAUCAGUUAUUAUUUUAAAUUUAUUGCCAUAUAUAUAUGGUCGAAAAUAUGUAAUAGAGAAAAUUAAAUAGAAUAUUUUUGCUCAUGAUUAUUUAGAGUAUUUAGUCAAUAGCAUAGUCACUAGCAACAGUUGUGAUACUGAAUUCUUUGAGAGUUGGGUGAGAUGAAAUGAGUGCUUUUAAAUUUUCAAAGCUUUCAAUAUAUUGUGGAUCUUUGGCGUUUUUUUUAUUGCCCUUUUUCAAAUAUUUUAUCAUGGGGUAAGCUAUUUUAAAAUAAUCUUUUAUGAAUUUUCGAUAAUAUCCUGUUGCUCCUAAAAAUCCUUUUAAUUGUUUCUCAGUUUUUGGUAUUGGUAGCUUUUGAAUUGCUAUAAUUUUAUCUGGAUUAGGCUUGAUGCCUUCUUUUGUUAAAAUGUGUCCUAGGAAUGUAGUUUCUCUUUGAAGAAAACUGCAUUUAUCUGCCUGUAUUUUUAAUUUAUUCUCUUGUAGUUAAAAAUUUUUUUUUUUAUGAAUUUAUGUGCUCUUCUAAUGAAGUUGAAAAAAUUAAUAUGUCAUCUAAAUAUACUACACAUAUUUUAUUUAUAUAUUCCCUCAAUAUGUCAUUCAUAAAUCUCUGAAAAGUAGCUGGGCCAUUUUUCAACCCGAAAGGCAUUCGGACGUAUUCAUAUAGUCCUGCCGGAGUGACAAAAGCUGUUUUCUGGAUGUCCCUUUCUGCCAUUAAAAUCUGAUGGUAACCUUUUGCUAGAUCUAUAGUGCUAAAGUACUGUGCUUUGCCCAAUUUAUCUAAGACUCCUUCGAUAUUCGGUAGAGGAUACUUAUUGUCUACAGUCAAUUGCUUUAACCUCCUAUAAUCAACCACUAGCCUGAAUUUUUGUAUUCCUGAAUUAUCUAUCUUUUUCGUAUUAUUAGAAUAGGUGAGCUAUAUCUACUAUGACUUUUUCUAAUUAUCCCUUGCUCUUCUAAUUCAGAAAUUUGUCUUCUUACUUCUUCUUCAUGUUUUGGAGGUAAUCUAUAAAUUUUUGAAUUUAUUUGUUGAUCCGUAACUGUUUUAAUUUCAUGAACUACUGCUUUUGCAUUUGUGAGCCUGUCCCCUUCUUUAUAGAUAAGUUUAUUGAAAUGCUUUAAUAAUUUUUCGAUUUCCUUUUUCUCAUUUGAAUUUAAAUGAUCAAGGUUGAUGUUCUUUACUUCACUUAUAUCUAAUGAAUAAACUUGCUCUUGCAUAGUUUUCAUAUAGAAUGGAAGAUUCACACCAUUUUUCGAAAUUAUUGUCAUUUUUUCGAUAUUAAUGGUUUUAACGUUUUUAAAAAGGAAAUCAUUUCCUAUUAAUAAAUCAUAUGGUUUAUUAAAAUCCACUAAUAACCAUCUCAUUCUGGCGUUUUCCGGGUAUUUGAAUUCUUUGGGACAGGGGCUUUUUACCUUAACAUUUGGCGUUUUAAUUAUUCCGUUUAAGGUAUUCACCAAAGUGCUUUCAUUUUCAAGCACUGGUAAUUUAAAUUUUUCGAAACUAGAUUUUUUCAUUAUACUUAUGGUUGAACCUGAGUCGACCAAAGCAUAAAAUUUUUUCUCAAAAAAUGUUAAUAUUGUUAUAGUUUUGUUUGAUGAUUCCGAGGCUAAUUUGUAAAAAAAACUCCUCGUUCGUGUUUGAUUCUUGUGGAUCACCUCUCCUACUCAUUGUGUCUACGUCCAUGGGUUCUGGUCCCCUAUUUUGUACUUGUCUACUAUUUACUGAAUUUUUUUGCUGUUGUGAGUAAUUAUAAUGAUUUUGAUUUGUUCGAACUUGUUCUGAAUAUUUUGUACUAUUUUGCCAUCGAGGCUGUCUUGUUUGUUGUCCAUGAAGGUUUAUUUGACGUUGUCCGGAUUGUGGACGAUACUGUUCAGAAAAAUUUUGAUUUUGUGAACGAUAUUGUCCUGAAUAGAAAUUUUUGUUGUUAACACCAUUAUUUUUGGUAUUAGCUUGAAAGUUCUUUCCCCCUUUUUAGAUAAGGAUUUAGAUUGCCUUCAUCCAACCCAAUAAAUUUAUAAAUUUCAUUCGCCAUUUCCGUUAAUCAUGUGACCGAUUGCACUGUAUAUGCAAAUGUCGCUGAUACUAAUUGUUUUAUUCGCUGAAUUAGCAUUCCCGAAAAAAUUUAUCUCAUAGUGUCAGCAUUUUCGCUUAGUGCACUAUAUUCUGUUAUAUCAUCCACGAUUUCGUUUAAUCUUUUACUUAAUUCCGCAAUACUAUUUACUUUCAGAAUCGAAAUUUCUUUCGUGAUUAUCAUUUGAUUUUUUGUGGGUUUAUAAUGUUGCCUUAAUUUAGUUUUACAACUUUCCCAAUUUUCAGGUGGGUUUAUUUGCAAAAAUUUUUUUGCUGAUCCACCAAUUUUCAAAUCAUAAAUAACCCUGAAUACAAUUUCUUCCUGUCCUACAUAGUCCCUUCGUACCCUGUCAAUUGCUUCAAUGAAAGAUGGCAAUUUUUUUUUACAAUUCCUUCAAAGGGAGAUACAUAUCUAAAGUCUUUUUCGACUCUUUGCCUAAUUGUAAGUUGAUUUAUUGCUGCAUUUUGUGCAGCUACAGGGUGGCUGAUGAAAGCCGCUACCAAAAAAAAAUUAAAUAACUUUUUUUCUAUUUAAUGAAUCUGGUUAAUUUGUUUUUUAUU